AUGGCCACAAACGAAUCGCAAACACCAGUCGGCAAGCAUGUUGGCAUUAUUGGCACCGGUGCAAUCGGACUGGCUGCACUUAAGAACCUCAAGGAGCAGGGCCUACAGGUGACUGCGAUUGAGCAGAACGAUUUCAUCGGAGGAACCUGGCAUGUGACACCAAGGAAAGGGCAGACUACCGCCUUGCCCUGGACUACGUUCAACACGUCAAAGCAGUGUUGUCAUUUCACGGAUUUUCCGUUUCCCAAAGAUGCACCGACCCAUCCUCCCGCGAAAGACGUCGAAAACUACCUCGAAGCGUACGCCAAGGAGUUUGACCUCUUACGACACGUGGAAUUUUCAAAGAAGGUAACCAAAGUCGAGCGCGAUGAAGAAUCCAAUAAGUGGAAAGUGUACACCAGAAACACCAAACCCGAAUCCGGCGACGCAAACACGAAGGACGAAGAGCAAACUUUUGACCGGCUAGUCUUUGCGACUGGCAUUCUUAACGCCCCGGUCGAUGUCAAGAUCAAGGGUAUCGAAAAGUUCGAGGGCGAGACGAUGCACUCCAGGGAUUUCAAAGAGCCACAUCUCUAUGAGGAUAAGAACGUGCUUGUCGUCGGCAUCGGUGCUACUGGGGCCGACACGCAGUCUUUCUUAAAGAAGGCCAAGGCUCGUUCUGUUUACCUGAGCCACCGCGGCCAGUACUACCUGUUACCCCGAAUGGCAGAAGGGAAAGCGUUCGAUCACUCGAUGUCACUUCGCGCCUUGACAAUCAUUCGAGCCCUUGGAAACUGGUGGCCCCGAGGUUGUGCGAUGCUCAUGCAGAAGGCUUUGAUAAGUGCUCGGCAGAAGGCUUGGCCCUGGCUCAGCGAGCACCCAUCAUUCAAGUCUCCUCGUCAACUUGAUGGCAUUGAGCACCGUAUCCCUCUCUUCUCUGACGAUCUUGCGGACAACCUCAGGGACGGUACAACCAAGGCCGUUACCGGCGUCCGAGAGAUCUCUGGGCCGAAGUCCGUGACCUUGACUGACGGCACCGUACUCGAUGACAUUGACGCCAUCAUCAUCUGCUCAGGAUACCACUACGACUUCUCCCUUAUCAAAGGAGCCGGUAACCCUGUUGAUCCGAAAAAGGCGCCAGACAACUACAAGCGCAUCAACGCAGCCAAGUACAAAGACCCACACGACGGCUUUCCUCGUCUGUACCGCGGCUUUGUCUCCGAACAGUACCCCGAAUCGCUGGCCUUCUUGGGCCACUUCCUCAUCAUGGGACCGCCCUUCGUGGUGUACGAUCUCGCGACGAUGGCUUUGGGUAGCUUGUGGAGUGGCGCGGCACCAACCCCUACUGGCCAGGAGAUAGCGCGAGACAUUAACAACCAUUACAACACGGUGGUGGAUACCCUCGGGCGCGGGCCGAUGCCGCACAUGGGAGCCCGGAUGUUCGGCAGCGAGACGUACGAAUGGCUGAACAAAACCGCUGGGACCGGGGUGCUUGAAAGAUUAGUGUGCUUCAAUCUCGAGGCAUGGAAGCUGUGGUGGAGUGGUCGCAAGUUUUACAACUUGCUUGUGGACGGAGUUAAUUCGCCUCCGGUGUAUCGGCUCUUCGAUACGGGGCGGGGCCGGAAGGCUUGGUCCGGAGCUCGGAAGGCCAUUGAGGCCAAUAACGAAGACGUGAAGCAAUUGUGCGAGAGGUGGAAGAAGGAGAACGAUGCUAAGACGAACCAAUUCAAAUCGCCUCGUUUCAUUAUCCCGGCCGACAUGGCGACCGUCACUAUUACCCGCCCCGUCCAGCCGGACAUUCAGUAUGCCCCGGACCGCCAGAAGUGGCAGGCCCGUGUAGCGCGCCGGCUUGGAGAGUCCGAUCUCCCGAAAGCCGUGCCGGCUGGGUUGCCGACAGAGUUUAAGAGCGACCUGGUGUGGGAGGGUUCUACGCUUGCCAAGGAUUACGACUGGACAUACGUCCUCGGCUCUGAGCAGCUGGAUGAACUAGAUGCUGCUCUGGCUCACUUCAAAUCCUUGGGAUUGCCGCUAGGUCACAUCAGCCAGGAGACAUUUCCACUGCCUAAAUUGCAUUCAGAACUACGAAAGUUGUCAUAUGAACUGCACAACGGUCACGGUUUCUUCGUGAUCCGUGGCUUACGUGUUGAUGAACACACGAGAGAAGAGAACAUCAUCAUUUACGCGGGUCUUUCAUCCCAUAUCGCUCCUCAGAGAGGCCGCCAGGACAGACAAUACGACGGCAAGCCGGCCGACGUCGUUCUUACUCAUAUCAAGGACCUCACCCUCACCAAAGAAAAGGGCCAGAUCGGAAGUCCUGCUUAUACUGCGGAUAAGCAAGUCUUUCACACAGAUGCUGGUGACAUCGUAUCGUUGUUUGCGCUUUCCACUGCCGCGGAGGGCGGUACCAGCAAACUGGCCAGCAUUGCGAGGGUUUACAAUGAGAUAGCCAAGUCUCGCCCGGAUCUCAUUCACACACUUACUCAAGAUUGGCAAUUCGAGGUCUUCGGCAAGCCUGAAAAGUCGUUUACUUCUCGCCCCCUCGUUCACUACCAACCCGCCACUGCGACUACCCCGGAGCGCCUAGCUGUCCAAUACGCCCGUCGAUACUUCGUCGGCUACGGAGCCCUGCCUCGAAGCCACGAGAUCCCGCCUAUUAGCGAAGCACAGGCCGAGGCCCUGGACACGCUCCAUUUCCUGGGAGAGAAGUUCGCGGUCUCGUUGGAUUUUCAGAAGGGCGAUAUCCAGUAUGCCAACAACAUGGGCAUUUUCCAUGCUCGAGACGGCUUCACCGAUACGCAAGACCAGCACGUGCCCGAACGUGGCGUUGGCGAUGUCGAGACAUCUGACUCCGAGCACUCGAUCAUCCGCGAUGGAGACCUCGCUUACACGCUCGCAAAAGGAGGCAACGGAUCCAAGCCGGCGUACCAAGAAGCUGUGGGAGCGCCGGUGGAAAGACACUCGCCCUUGGGCUACCAUGUUGGCUGGAUUACGGUCAUCUUCCUCAACGUCAACCAGAUGAUCGGAACCGGUAUCUUCUCGACGCCUGCCUCUGUGCUCAGUGGCACCGGGUCCGUUGGCCUGGCUUUCAUCUACUGGACCAUCGGUUUCUUGAUGGCACUUGCCGGUCUGAGCGUGUACCUCGAACUCGCGAGUUACUUUCCGAACAGGAGCGGAGCGGAGGUUGUGUACCUCGAACAAUCAUACCCGCGACCCAAGCACUUUUUCCCGAUCGCUUUUGCGGUGCAGUCGGUUCUGCUUUCCUUCAGCAGCAGUAAUGCAAUUGUGUUGUCGCGAUAUCUUUGGCGCAUCGCCGGAAAGACCCCAUCUGCAUGGGAACUCAAAGGUGUUGCCAUUGCCGCCUACACCUUCGCGGUCAUUUGCGUCGUCGCUCACAACAAGUAUUCCCUCUGGGCCACGAACAUCAUCGGUGCUAUUAAGAUCAUUACGCUGAUCUUCAUCUCCAUCACGGGUCUUGUCGUUCUCGGAGGCAACGUCGACCACAUCCCGGACCCCAACGCCAACUUCCGAAACUCAUUCGAGGGAACCACCGACAAUGGAAACGACCUCGCAACUGCUCUUGUCAACAUCAUCUUCUCGUAUACCGGCUAUUCCAAUGCUUUUAAUGUUGUGAACGAAAUCAAGAACCCUAUUCCUGUGCUCAAGCGUCAUGCCACGAUCUCGGUCGUGGUCGUAGCAGUACUCUACAUGUUCUGCAAUGUUGCGUAUUUCGCCGCUGUACCCAAGGCCGAGUUUAAGGGAGCCAAGGAGAUUGCCGCUGCCAUCUUUUUCACCAAAGUCUUCGGCACCGGACCAGCUGAGCAAGCUCUCAACUUCCUCGUCUUGCUGAGUGCGUUUGGUAAUCUUCUGGGUGUACUAAUCGGCUCUUCGCGUGUCAUUCGUGAGAUUGGCCGCCAAGGCGUUCUCCCCUGGACUGAGUUCUGGGUCAACACAAAGCCAUUCGGAACCCCGAUCGGACCCUACUUCCUCAAGUGGAUCAUGACGUUCAUCAUGAUUGCGGCCCCUCCAGCGGGAGAUGCCUUCCAGUUUGGCAAGUUUGAUGAAUUCAUCAGCUUAAAGACAUAUCCCGACGGUCUAUUCCACCUCGCUAUGGCCAUCGGCGUCUACCUCAUUCGCAUUCGCCGCAAGCGUGCCGGGCUUGGACGCACUGAAUUCAAGUCAUGGCAUGUUACAGUCAUCUUCUUCAUUCUCCUCCAGGUGUAUAUCCUUGCCAUGCCGUGGUGGCCUCCCAAGGGCGGCCCCUAUGCCGGUAGCGUCAGCUUCUGGUACGCCACAUACUGCGUCGUUGGUAUCGCCAUUAUGAUCGUCUGCUUCCUCUACUAUGCCGUCUGGAUGUGGCUUCUGCCGAAGUGGCGAGGGUACAGGAUCCGUCCUGAGAUUCUUGACGUCACGGACAAUGGUGCCAACACCCACCGUCUCGUGAAGGUGCCUCUAUCCGACUUGGCACAGUGGGAUGCUGAGCACGAUGAUGCUGGAAACCUACGUCGCAGGCACGUUGUGGGGUCGCAAAGCUCUUCCAAGGGCGACGCCGAGGUUGCGGUUGUUGGUGAUCAUGGAACAACGAUCAAAUACUGA